GACCAAUGACAAACAAGAGCGCGAGGGGGAAACAUGGAGGAGAACAGGAAACAAAACAUGACAGCUUGAAAAAGCAAAUAGGGGCAAUUAACUCUCCGGAGCACCGUUAAUGAAUUAAUUUCACAUUAAUAAGCGGCUGAGACGUCUCCUCUCUAUCGAAGCGUCUUGUAAACACGUCGUUUUGUCAAUGUCAGUGAGUGCAACGUGUGAAUCCGUCCCUCAGGAGAGGACUCUGUCGAGCCUCCUCGCUGGUCGUGUGGUGAAGAGGCCGAAGCUGGACGAUGGUCGGCGGCUGCAGGAGGCAGCGAUCCAGCUGCUGGAGCAGCAGCAGAACCUCUGCAGUCUGCUCAGGGAGGUUGGGAAUCCAGAUCCGAGCAGCAUUCUUUGCUCUCAGAAUGGAAAGCAGAAACCAGCAGCGUCUGACUGUAUCUCAUCUACCAUUGUGGGGUCACUGCUGGUGUGUGAGCUGAGGCAUCAGGCCACGCAGCUGGGCGUCCCGCUGGUGGUGCUGUCCGUGAAGACGGUGCUUGAGAGACUGAUGGAGAUCACUGGCACUGAAGAAGAAGAAGAGGAGGAGGAGGACAAAGACAAGAGGAGAGAGCUGCUCACUUCCUCUCAGAGAGUCCAGCUGUGUGUCCUCCUGGAGUCCAGCAAAGACCUGCUAUCACAGGGAGCCCUCUGCCCUAAAUUGCUGUGGCAAGAGUACAGGAGAGAUCAGCGGCUUCCCAGUCUGGAGGUGGUGUAUCAUCUUCAUGUUCACAGCAUCCUCACUCUCAAGUACAUUUUAGAGAGUGAUGAAGGCGUGAGGUCCUGGUUGGUGUCUCAGUUGAAGGCUCUGUGCAGUUGGACACCUCCACAGGGGGAAGAGGAGACCAAACAAGUUCAACAGAAAGUGUUGUCAAUGCUCGUUGGAGUCUUGGUGGGAUCCGGCUUUGAGCGGAGUCCUGAACCAGCAGCUCCAGACAGGAGGGUCUCCCUGCUCUGCUGCUCACUGCUCGAUGAAAUGCUCUUCUGGCUUCUGGACACUGUGGACAAGAGUCAGGCGUUGCAGUCUGCUGGAGCGGCAGCUGAGCUUUGGAUUCAAAUAUUUGAUGCUUCAUUAUGUGGAGUUUCAGCGUCAACGGAAGCCCUCCAGCGUUUCUUCACACACUCCCUCACUCAGACACUCACAUACAAGCCCCGACUAACAGUGUCAGAUGCCAUCACUCUGCAGAACAAGUGGACCUUUGCAAAAGCCAGCCGGUCGUUGACCUCUCUGUUCCGUAAACUGGCUGUGAUCUUCAGUGUGGAGCAGCUGCUGCGUCACCUGCAGCAGGUUUUGGAAACCCAUGAGGUCAACUGGAAACACGUCCUGUGCUUCUUGUCCACUCUGCUGGUUUACAACCCCUGCGCCCCGCCCAGCCUCAAAGAGCUGCUGUCCAGACUGCUGAGUUCUGCAUUCGAAAGCUACGACUUGGAGAACAUGAUAACUGCCUUUUUGUUGGCUCGGCAGGCUGCACUGGAGGGGACAGGCAUCUUCUCCUCCUACAGCGACUGGUUCAAGAUGUCCUUUGGUGGUGGCAGUGGCUACCACGCAACAAGUAAGAAAUCUCUAGUGUUCCUGUUGAAGUUCCUCUCGGACCUGGUUCCUUUUGAACCCCCACAGUACCUCAAGGUUCAUGUCCUCCACCCUCCGUAUAUACCGGUGAAACACCGCAGCCUCCUGAUGGAGUACACCGCUCUGGCCAAGACCAGGCUGGCUGACCUCAAGGAGUCAGUAGAGGACAUGGGUUUAUAUGAGGAUCUUUCUGCUGCAGGUGGAGCAUCAGCACAGCCUCAGUGUCAGGCUGUUCAGGAUGUGGAUAAGGCAGUGUCUCUGUUUGAGAGCACAGGAAGAAUCUCUGCCACAGUCAUGGAGGCCAGUAUUUUCAGACGGCCGUAUUUCCUGACACGAUUCCUUCCUGCUCUGCUGACACCCAGAGUGCUUCCUGUGAAAGCUGAUACUCAGAUGAGUUUCAUAGAAGCUUUGAAAAAAGCAGACAAGAUCCCUGCUGCCCAGUAUUCAUCUUAUGUGGACGCCUGCCAGAGACAGAGACAGCAGGAAAAGAGUGCUGUGUGUCUGGACACCAGCGAUGAUCCUCUGGAGGUCCUGAAAGUUCAGCUGCAGGAGUUCACAGAGCUGGUGGUUGAUAGAGAUGAUGGAGAGAUGCUGGCCCAGCUGUCGAGGAUCUCACACACACUGAGCGUCAUCUUCCCCGGCCGUCCUGACGAGCUUACUGAACAAACAGUCAUCAAAGUUCACAUAGACUCUCCUCUGGCCCCUGAGCUCCAUGUCAAAGUCGUCAACAUGAUCCUGAGAAACUUCUGCCAGUGCCUGUUAGGCGCUUCUCGAGCAAACCCUCCUGAUAAACAAAGCCUGUGGGCCUCCAGGUUCAUCACUGUGCUUCUUGGUAACACACAGCUGCUCCCCAGCCUCAUACACAGACUCUGGGACCUGUUUCAUAACCAGGUGUCAUCGCUGAGCGCUGCACACAUACUCGGUCUGGCAGCCUUUGUGGUCCACCUCCACGCCUCCAUGUCCCACAGUCCUCUGGUUCAGCUGGUCCCGCCCAUUCUGCCCAGAGCAGUACCUGUUGGAGAAGCUCUCAGCUCAGCGCUGGACUGCAGCACACACACUCUCAUGCUCUCCUGUGUCAGGUUGUGUGUGGCAGCUGUGAGUUACGGGCUGUGCAGAGGAAACUCACUGCCUCAGCACCAGCAGCAGGACUACAUUCUCAGCAGCCUCUAUAAGAAGCUUCUGUACCUCAUCCCGAGACUGUUGCCUGAGACCAGAAGGUCUCCCGUCACUGCCGGUAGUCUGGUGGCUGAGAACCAGGAGGAGAACCUGCCGGGCCUGUGGAGCAGUGCCACAGACACCAACAGCACCUGGAGGAGCACAGCUUGGUAUCUGUGGAGGCACAGUGCUUUCCAGCAGCUACAACACAUACCAGAGUAUCAGUUGUUGUUCUCUGAAUGGCUGGUUCAUGAGCUCAGAGUACAGAGAAGUGAAGACGCCCUGUCUGACCCAGAGCGUCAGGAGUACCAGCAGUGGGCCUGCUUGGAGUUGUACUGGUCUCGGCCGGAGGAGCAGGGAGGCUGUGGAGGAGACAUGAAGAGCCUCUGUUCUCAUCUCCUCUGUGCCAUCAUGGACCACCAGUUCAGUGACCAGAGCGUGAGGAAGUUAGAUCACAGAGUGUCAGCCACAGGGACCUGUCUGCCAGAUAUCCUGUCCAGAUUACAGGAGCUCGUCUAUGAGAUGGAAGUGACCAACGUCUCUGGUGGCUGGAGCAACAGAGCUGAUGUGUGUGACUUCCUGUUUGAGUUUGUGUCUCAGAGAUGCUCCUCUACAGUGAGCUCAGCUUCACUGAGUGUCAGCUCCGAGCUCAGCCUGCAACACACACUGAACACAUGGAACAGAGUGCUGCUGGCUCUCCCAGCGGUGCUGUUUGUCAAGGUGAAGGCUGAAGGAGGGAGGACGACUCUGGACUGUAACACAGUGAUGGAACAUGUCAACCAGCAUCAGAGGAAGGUGUGUUCUCCAGCCAGCCUGCUGCCACGCCAUGUAACAGCACACUUCCUGAGAGGUGUGUUAUGUGCCAGUGUGUGUUGCGGAUGUCCCAGGACAGAAGUGAAUAAGGCCUGGUCUCAGAUCAGUCUUCACUGUCCCCUGCUCCUGACCUCCACAGUGCACUGGUGGGAGUGUCUGUCUCCGGUGCUGGUGUCACUGUGGAGUCGUGUGUGUGAUGGAGAGCCUCUACCAGAGCAGCUGCAGCUCCUCACUGACUGUCAGCUGUGGGCACACAGUUUAGAAAAAGGCCUGUCAUCACUGCCUGUGCCACAAGCUCCAGCUCUGCUGUUGGCCUCCAGCCUGCGCUCUGCCUGGCGAGGUCGUGGGGGGGGCAACCAGGGCUUCAGUGCAGCCAUGAACAUGCUGCGACCAGAGAGGGACACACAGCACCGACAGGUGCUGGUUUUCCUGCUUUUCCUGUGUGUAAACGACUAUCUGUCAGCACUCCUGUGUCCUCAGGAGAAAAACAAUCAAACAGCCAGGAGUUUAUGCACAGACCUUCUAUCUGUGCUGGUGGACUCUGCUGAUUGGCUGCUCAUCUUUAAGCCAAACGAACAAGGUGUUUAUCAGUCAGUUACCAUGGUGAUAUCAGAUGAGUUUACUCGACUGAUGCCUUGGGCUUUCUACAGCCUGCUGCUCCAGCAGAGUGCUGAGCUGCUGCACAGAGCUGUGCGUUGUCCAGGGUUCCUUCAUACUGCUGUCCUCUGCUACAUCCGUCUGCUGCAGCUGUUCCUGGAGGGGGACACACCUACACCAGCCGUCGAACCCCACGAAGAGCAGGUGACUGAGCCUCAGUUGGCGCCUUCCCAGAUACUGAGGCACUCCAAGCAGUUUCUUCUGAGAGUGAUCUCACAAAUGUCUCCUGCUGCUCUGUCCUCCAGCCAACUCAGACAGCUGGAGUCCCAGUGUGCAGACCUGGACCCAGAGGUGGCAGCGGCUCUCUCUGUGCACCUCCACCCUCAGAACUCGAGCCCAGAGAUGGACUUCCUCUGAACAGCUGAGGACUGACACUGAGGCACAGAAUCUGGCUAAAGACUUAUCCACUCCCUUGAGCUUUGGAGGUGUCUCUUUGACAGUCAUUGUAACUUACUAUCCACUCGGUUCUGUUUGGUGGUUCUUUUCUGAUGUAAUCCAACAGAAACAUGUUCCUCAGUAAUAUUUACUUCACUGUAAAGUCUAAAAAACUGUUGAUACUCAGCUUUGUAAAAAACGCCUACAUUUUA